CGAUAAAGCUUCCCCCGGCUCGCUCGCUCUCCCGACCUUCUCCAGUUUCUGCUCCUCUCCCUCCCAAACCUAGCUCUUAAUACCACCUAUUCUUCCUAUCUCAUGCUCCUUUCCAUCGUCUAUUCUUAUCAUUCACUCCAUAGCACUGGCCUAGUCCUUUCGCACUCUUCCACCUAGCUUCCCAGACGAGAAUUAUGAUCACACGAAUACGUGUCUGAGUGCGCCAGAGGCGAACCUCGUCCGUUUCCAUCCGACCGAAACAUCCAUACUUUAGCUACCAAUAGACUCCUAUUUGACCUUUGUUUACCUUCGUAUCCUUUACUCGACGAACACUUACUACAACCAUGCCACCGACUGGACCCAAACUCUCCAUGGAGGAGCGACGGAGAGGCGAAAUUGCGCUCAGCGAGUUCGCCGAAUACGCCGAGAAGCAGCAGGCGCAGCGCUCUGCCCCGCUCGUUCCCAGCGAUAGCGGCUAUGAGACCGCCAGCGUGUCGCGCGUCCACGAGGAUCACGCGGAGCUGGACAUCCUCGACCAGCUGGGCUUGAGCGACACCCCCAAGACCGUCAAGCUGAAAGAGGUCCUCCUAGGCACGGGCGAACAACCCGACGAUGAUCUGCAGGUGCUCGCGAGUCUCCUGCAGUCCCGCAUCGAUGAGGGCCACGGCGAGACGCUCUUCGACCUGGGCCUCGAGGACGGCGGCGAGUCCAUGCAGUUUGACCUCGACCAGUGGAACACGGCCAUCCGGCGCCUCCGCGAGGCCGCGGACACACUCCCCGCACACUGUCGCAUCCUGGUCACCUACAAUGUCGGCGGGCCGGAGGAGUCGCAGGUCAAGAACGAGCGGACCAAGGGCUCGUGGGGGAAGCUCCUGAUCCGGCAGCCGGCAGGGACUGUGGAAGAGAUGGCGGAGAUUCGUGUGGCGGUCGUGGGCAAUGUCGAUGCCGGUAAAAGUACCAUGCUCGGAGUCCUCGUGAAGGGAAAUCUGGACGACGGUCGCGGCAAGGCCCGGCUCAACCUGUUCCGCCACAAGCAUGAAGUCGAAAGCGGCCGUACCAGCUCGGUGGGCAUGGAGAUCAUGGGGUUCGACAGUCGCGGCGAUAUCGUCGGAAGCUCACAGGGCCGCAAGCUGUCGUGGGAAGAGAUCGGGAAGCGCUCCGCGAAAGUGAUCGGCUUCUCUGAUCUGGCUGGCCACGAACGCUACCUGCGGACGACCGUCUUUGGCAUGCUGAGCAGCAGCCCCAACUACUGUCUUCUGAUGGUGGCCGCGAAUAACGGUCUGAUUGGGAUGAGUAAAGAGCAUCUGGGUAUCGCGUUGGCUCUCAACGUGCCGGUCAUGGUCAUUGUCACGAAAAUUGACAUCUGCCCGCCUCAGAUCCUUCAGGAGACGCUCUCGCAGCUCAGCAAGAUCCUGAAAUCCCCCGGCGCUCGUAAAAUCCCCGUGUUCAUCAAGGACAUGGAGGAGACCAUCAACACGGCUACGCAGUUCGUCAGCCAGCGGAUAUGUCCCAUCUUCCAGGUGUCCAACGUGACCGGAGAGAACCUCGAGCUCGUCCGGACCUUCCUGAAUAUCCUUCCUCAUCGGGGUCAUUAUAAUGUCGAUGCCCCGUUCGAGUUCUUGGUCAAUGACACCUUCUCUGUGCCCCAUGUGGGUACGGUCGUGUCUGGCGUGGCCAAGUCGGGAGUGAUUCAUGCGGGUGACACCGUACUUGUGGGACCCGACUCCCUCGGUCAGUUCACGACGACCACGAUCAAGUCUAUCGAGCGCAAGCGCAUCCAGGUGAACGCCUGCUUUGCCGGCCAGUCCGGCUCGUUCGCUCUGAAGCGCGUUCGGAGAAAGGAGGUUCGCAAGGGCAUGGUGGUUCUCAAGAAAUUGGACCAGGCCCCUAAAGUCUUCCGAGAGUUCGUCGCAGAGGUUCUUAUUCUAUCUCACGCUACGACCAUCAAGCCACGGUACCAGGCCAUGCUACAUGUGGGCGCCGUGAGCCAGACAUGUUCGGUCAUCGACAUCGACCGUCCGUUCAUUCGGACCGGCGACCGUGCAUUGGUUGCGUUCCGGUUUGUUCAGCGCCCCGAGUUCCUUGCUCCUGGCGAUCGGGUUCUUUUCCGCGAGGGGAAGACCAAGGGUCUGGGUAUUGUCAAGAGUGUUGGGUAUGACCCGAAGAAUCCUCUCAACCCGGAAGCGAAGAACCCCGGGGAGGCGGGCAAGCAGAAAUGAGCUCAACAUGUAUAUCAGCUCGGGACUAUAGGCGUCGCCACGGCUACUUGAUUUGCAUAGUGGCCCGAGCUUUGGCAGCUACGUAUCGCUUCGUCAAGAGCACGUGGAGAGGAGGACUUCUUCUUGGGCUCAGUCAGUUUUAAGCUUUAUUACAGGCAUUCGUUUCCUGGAUGAAAAAUGAUUGCUUUGCAUUGUUCGGGUUUACCUAGUUAAGGACUGUUUCCUGUUUUGACUGGCGCGCUUAUCCGACUGGGUGUUACAAAACGGUAGUUUCCACCGCAGAAAUGCAAUGGUAUGCGGGUGACACAAUAUACUUUCCCAAUUG